AUGGUGGUGAACAUCUUAGCCUCAGAACUCUUGAAGUUGAGCAGCAGAAGUGAGACAACAAAGGGAGCCUCAUCUUUUGGAAAGGGCUGUCAUAAGCCACAUAUACGGUGCCACUACUGUGCCUCUAAGGCCCAGCACCUUCGGAAGUCAACCUGUAGAAAAUGUGGCUACCCUGCCAAGCACAAGAGAAAGUGUAACUGGAGUGUGAAGGCUAAAAGAUGUAUGAAAUACCACCAGGCAAUGAGGCUCUUAAAAAUCAGACACUGCAGAUUCAGGCAUGGUUUUUAUGAAGGAACAAUACCUAAACCUAAGAGAGCAGCUGUCGUAGCAUCCAGGUCAUCCUGA